CGCGACGCUUUCGCUCCGGUGAAGGGGCCACUUUUUGAAGACCGCGCUGAGAUCUCCAAAAGCCAGAGGCGAUCAGAGCAACCAGACACCGUCCUCUUCGUUUUGCAUUGAGUUCCAUUUGCAACCGAGUUUUCUUUCUUUCUUUUUUUUUUCUUUUUUUCCCUCCUCUUCUUCUGAUCCCUUUGCAGAAUGGAUUAUUUUCCCGUGAUCUUCUCUCUGCUGUUUGUGGCUUUCCAAGGAGCUCCAGAAACAGCUGUCUUGGGAGCAGAGCUCAGCCCCCGAGCUGAGAAGGAAGUGCAGAGCCCCCCUCCCAGCACAUCCUGGAGACCCCGCAGGUCCAAGCGUUGCUCCUGCUCCUCCUUGAUGGACAAGGAGUGUGUCUACUUCUGCCACCUGGACAUCAUCUGGGUCAACACUCCCGAGCGCGUCGUCCCGUAUGGACUAGGAAGCCCUUCUAGGUCUAAGCGAUCCUUGAAAGACUUACUUCCCACAAAGACCACAGACCAAGGGAACAGAUGCCAGUGUGCUCACCAAAAAGACAAGAAGUGCUGGAAUUUCUGCCAAGCAGACAAAGAACUCCGAGCCCAAAGUACCAUGCAGAAAGGCGUAAAAGACUUCAAGAAGGGAAAACCCUGUCCCAAGCUGGGAAAGAAGUGUAUCUAUCAGCAGCUGGUGGAGGGAAGAAAACUAAGAAGGUUGGAGGCCAUCAGCAACAGCAUCAAGACCUCCUUUCGAGUUGCAAAGUUGAAAGCGGAACUCUACAGAGACCAGAAGUUGAUACACAACCGAGCACAUUGACUACAGAGCCCCGUGGUGUUUUGGAAGCCAUGACUUACAUAGAGCGAGCCCUAUGGCCAACUCUGCGCUCUCCAUGCUGGCUGGGAUCUUAGCAAGAACAUCUGUCCGGCUUCUACAGUUUCUUGUUCAGACUGGCAGAGGACCAGCGUCCUUGUUCCAAACAUUCCAAGAGAGGUUGAGGUGUUCCCUAACCUGUCUUCGUUUGCAUCCGCUGGUAGCAAGUGAUUCUCUUGCCUCUUCUUGCUGUCUGGGGAUGGCCUCGGACCUCUCGGAGAGCAGAGACACAGUGCCAUUCCUGAGUGGCAUCAUCCAGAGAGCCAGGAGAUUCCAUAGCAGGGCGGAGUUUCUGUAGAAAGUCCUUAGGGAGUGUUCGUGUCUGACUCAGGCGCCUGGCACAUUUCAGGGAGAAACUCCAAAGUCCAUGCAAAAAAUUUUCUGAGGAAUGCACAAAUUGAAAACAUACUCGAAGGACAAACACUUGAGUUUUUUUUUUUUAAGGACUUUUUUUUAAGUUGUAAAAUGCAAAACUCAAAGCAACUGUUACUACUGUACAUUAGGAUAUGUUUCAUGAAUAUGAGUCUACCUCACCUUU